AUGCAGACCAACGACCAGACGCCGCAUGCGAUUAUGUUCUCGCAGCAGAUUGUUAAACUCCUUGUAGGAACUGUAAGUCGCAUCGCAUCGCUGGUAUCUGGAGGGGAGUUGAGCGCUUGCGACUUAAGGCUUAAGCCAGGCGAAUUUCAGGCUUCAGCCGAGAAGCAUUUGCCAAAACGCUUGACAUUGGGCACUUCAAAGAUUGAGACAAGGAGUCCUGUUUGGAGAUUGGGUGGCAGCACGAGUCUGGGCCUAAGAGUUCUAACUAGUCAGCUAUUGCCCGUGAAAGAACUUGGACUAAGAAGUUUAUCAGAAUUUGUUGUGCUGGCACUCAGGCUGAGAACGGCUGAAGUGCCGUGGGCUGAAGCCGAAGGUGGCUGCGCAUCUCAGCUACAAACCCUCCUACGAGUCACAGGAGGCCGCUUGAAGGCUUCCUCCCUCAAACGCUGUACCUUCCUAAUUUGUUACAGUCAAGCUUCGAGCGUCUUCUACACAGAACUGCGCUUGAAGAUUCGCCACUCAACCUCGCCACGAGCAGAUGAAUACCUCGAUCGCACUAGCAGGGAAGACGGCCGACCCGCACCAGCACACAUCUUCCGGCGCAUUGUAACGGCUCAUACCCUUAGGGCGUUCGAUUUAUCAGCGUAUGGCUGA